UCUCUGUCACACACACACGUCCUUCAUCCAUCAUAGGCUGGAAUGGGCUGAUUCAGUAGGAAUGGCCUGCUGAGUGAGUGGGACCUCAGCUUAGACAUCCGCCUCCCUUUUAAAUGUUGCACAACAAGUCUGACACAUAUUUAGGAGGAUAGGCUAUAGUUCUCUAGGUUGUUUUCUCUUUAAAAUACCCAGGUUUUCUACCUUUUUCAUGAUGUUCGGACUCGGAAUGCAGGCCCAGGCUAUAUUUGAUGGUAUAGAGGAGCUGUGUUCUAAGAGGGAUGAGCUGAACCGUCAGAUCCAGCAGGAGGAGGAGGAGAAGGGUCGUCUGCAGCACGACAUCCGUGUCCUCACCGAGAAACUACGCCGCGUCAACGAGAGCCUGGUCCGACGACACUCCGUCCGCGCUGACUUUGACCACACCAUCGGCGAGACCGAGGGUGCCUUUCUGAAGAUUCUGGAGAGCUGUCAAACACUGCUGAGUGUAAUAAAGAAGGAAGCAGGAAAUCUCCGCAAAGCCACUGAACCCGGAAGGAAAGACCACUGACAUCCAGACUACCGCCCCUAAACCUUACCCCUCACCCAGACACCAGCAUUUACCCUCACCCUUGUAACUGUGCACUGUUUGUACACUGAACAAAAAUAUAAAUGCAACAUGCAACCAUUUCAAAGAUUUUACUGAGUUACAGUUCAUAUAAGGAAAUCAGUCAAUUUAAAUAAAUUCAUUAGGCCCUAAUCUAUGGACUGGGAAUACAGAUAUGCAUCUGUUGGUCACAGAUAACUUUUAAAAAAAAGGUAGGGGCGUGGAUCAGAAAACCAGUCAGUAUCUGGUGUGACCACCAUUUGCUUCAUGCAGCGUGACACAUCUCCUUCGCAUAGAGUUGAUCAGGCUGUUGAUUGUGGCCUGUGGAAUGUUGUCACACUCCUCUUCAAUGGCUGUGCGAAGUUGCGGGAACUGCGAUAUUGGCGGGAACUGGAACACAAUGUUGUACACGUCGAUCCAGAGCAUCCCAAACAAGCUCAAUGGGUGACAUGUCUGGUAGCUAUGCAGGCCAUAGAAGAAGUGAGAUAUUUUCAGCUUCCAGGAAUUGUGUACAGAUCCUUGUGACAUGGGGCUGUACUUUAUCAUGCUGAAGCAUGAGGGGAUGGCGGUGGAUGAGUAGCACGACAAUGGGCCUCAGGAUCUCGCCACGGUUUCUCUGUGCAUUCAAAUUGCCAACAAUGAAAUGCAAUUGUGUUUGUUGUCCGUAGCUUAUACCUCCCCAUACCAUAACCCCACCGCCACCAUGGAUCACUUUGUUCACAACAUUGACAUCAGCAAACCGCUCGCGCACACACAACGCCAUACACACUGUCUGCCAUCUGCCCGGUACAGAGUACCCUACUCCAGCGUGCCAGUUGCCAUCGAAGGUGAACAUUUGCCCACUGAAGUCUUUUACGAUGCCGAACUGCAGUCAGGCCAAGACCCUGGUGAGGCUGACUAGCACACAGAUGAGCUUCCCUGCGCGGGUUUCUGACAGUUUGUGAAGAAAUUAUAUGGCAACAGCUCUGGCUGGCAUUCCUGCAAGCAGCAUGCCAAUUGCUUCCUUAAAACCUGAGACAUCUUGAUAUGCCACACCUGUCAGGUGGAUGGAUUAGUAAACAAAUUUGUGCACAACAUUUGAGAGAAAUAAGCUUUUUGUGCAUAUGGAACAUAUCUGGGAUCUUUUAUUUCAACUCAUGAAACAUGGGACUGACAUUUUACAUGUUGCAUUUAUAUUUUUGUUCAGUAUAAUAUACACUGAGUAUACAAAACAUUAAGAACACCUGCUCUUUCCAUGACAUAAGCUGACCAGGUGAAUCCAGUUGAAAGCUAUGAUCCCUUAUUAAUGUUACUUGUUAAAUCCACUACAAUCACUGUAGAUGAGGCAGAAGAGACAGGUUAAAGAAGGAUCUUUUAGCCUUGAGACAUUUAUGACAUGGGUUGUGGAUGUGUGCCAUUCAGAGGAUGAAUUUGCAACACAAAAGAUUUAAGUGCCUUUGAAUGGGGUAUGGUAGUAGGUGCCAGGCUCACUGGUUUGGUCAAGAACUGCAACACUGCUGAGUUUAUCACACUCAACAUUUUCCCGUGUGUAUCAAGACUGGUCCAUCCCCCCCAAAGGACAUCCAGCCAACUUCACAUAACUGUGGGAAGCACUUGAGUCAACAUUGACCAGCAUCUCUGUGGAACGCUUGACACCUUGUAGAGUCCAUGCCCCGUCGAAAUGAGGCUGUUUUGGGGGAAAACAUGGGGGAAGUUCAACUCAAUAUUAGGAAGGUGUUCCUAAUAUUUGUAUAUACAGUAUAUUUAUGUAAAAUGUUUUGACUUUGUCUAAUAGUGCUGUUCACUGGCAUACUUAUUUUAUACCAAUAGAAUCAUUUUAAUAAAGAUGAUCUGUGAAGAAUCUGUUCUCAUUUGCCUAUUGCAGUGUAUGGGACACGCCCAGAAGUCAUUCCUUGGGUUGUUUUUCUUGAGUGUGUGUCUUUCAACAGCGGCACACGAGACAAACACACACACACUCCCGGUGAGAUGCUGUCUGACACUUUGAUAUGUAAUUACAGGUAAAUAUAGCACAGAUAAAUAUAGCACAAUGCCG